CGCGAUUUAACAAUUUAAAAUCCGGAGCGCCGGUGGUAGGAGUCGGUUAAGCUGUCGGGUCUCUGUUGUUGACCGCCGUCGACCGCGAUAAGAGAUUUUGAAGUACUCGGUGAAUGACUCGGUGAAUACAAUUCUCAAUAUUUCCCGCCUGCUCGCCCCAUGUCCUCCACAACUCCUCUCUCGUCCUUGCCAGCAGGCCACAAGCCUCUAACAUGGCCGUUCGCCGUGUCCCUGCCCUCCUCCCGAGGCGUAUCGUCGCCCGAGGUGCCCGCCCGCUGGCCCCCUUCGUGUCCAAGACGCCAGCGAGGGGCUUUGCGACCGCGAAGACGCCAUCGUCCCUCUUCGCGUCGCUGGACACGUUCUCCAACCGUCACAUCAGCCCUGAUGACUCCGAGGUUCAGCACAUGCUCAAGCAGCUGGGCUACAACUCCAUAGAGGCAUUCGUCGCGGACACUGUGCCCCCUAAGAUUCGCAUAGCGGAGGACGCCAUCAAUAACGACUCCAUCCCCUCGCUCACGGAGUCUCAACUCUUCAACCGUGCGCGUGAGCUAGCCAAAGCCAACAAGCCGGUGAAGAGCUACAUCGGCAUGGGAUACCAUAAUGCUGUCGUACCUCCUGUCAUCCUCCGCAACAUUAUGGAGAGUCCUGCCUGGUACACCCCCUAUACCCCAUACCAGCCCGAGAUUGCUCAAGGACGUCUCGAGUCUCUAAUCAACUUCCAGACCAUGAUCAUGUCUAUGACCGCAAUGGACAUUGCAAACGCGUCUCUCUUGGACGAGGCGACCGCGGCGGCAGAAGGCAUGCUUCUCGCGCUCACCAACAGCGGUUCCAAAAAGCACACGUUCGUGGUUGACAGCGGCGUCCUCCCGCAGACGCUUGCUGUUCUCCAGCUGCGUGCCAAGGGUUUCGGCAUCAAGCUCGUUGUCGGCGAUGCGUCUACCGUGUUGAAGGACGAGGCCGUGCGCGGUGACUUAUGCGGUGUGCUGGUCCAGUAUCCGAACGUCGACGGCAACAUCACCGACUUUGGCGCUCUUGCGCAGGAGGUGCACGCGUCGAAGGCGCUUCUUGUAUGCGCAACAGACCUUCUCGCGCUCACGAUGCUCAAACCUCCGGGCGAGUGGGGCGCGGACGUCGUCGUGGGUAAUUCAGCGCGCUUUGGUGUUCCUGCUGGAUACGGUGGACCACACGGCGCGUUCUUCGCUUGCAGCAACAGCUUGAAGCGCAAGAUGCCGGGACGCCUCAUUGGCUUGAGUCGUGAUGCGGACGGAAAGCCAGCUUAUCGCUUGGCACUUCAGACUCGUGAGCAGCACAUUCGUCGCGAGAAAGCGACAAGCAACAUUUGCACUGCGCAAGCGCUCCUUGCCAACAUGGCCGCCAUGUACGCUGUUUACCACGGUCCCGAAGGUCUCAAGCACAUUGCAAGCAAGGUUCACGCGCUUACACAGCUUCUCAAGGCACUUAUCGAGCAGUCGGGGCACACGGUCGUCAAUGUCAAUUUCUUUGACACGCUCACUAUUGACGUGUCUGAUGCUGCGAAGAACGCGUCUGCAGUCCACGACGCUGCUCUAGCUGCCGGUGUCAAUCUCCGUAGGAUCGACGACAAGCAUGUCGGUCUCACUUUGGACGAGAGCGUUGGUAUCGACGAGGUCAUUAAGCUUGCCAAUGUCUUCGCCACUACUGCCGACCAGCCCGCCAUCUCACCCCUCCACCUUCCUUCCGUCGAGUCAGCUGCCAUCCCCGAAUCUCUGCGUCGGACCUCUUCAUUCCUUCCCCACCGCGUCUUCAACUCGCAUCAUUCGGAGACUGAGAUGCUCCGUUACAUCUACCACCUUCAAUCAAAGGACCUUGGUCUUGUGCAUGCGAUGAUUCCGCUUGGAAGCUGCACGAUGAAACUCAACAGCACGAGCAGCAUGAUUCCACUGACCUUCCCCGAGUUCAGCAACGUCCAUCCCUUCGCGCCUACAGAUCAAGUCGAGGGCUAUCUCGAGAUGAUCAAGGAGCUCGAGGAAGACCUUUGCAAGAUCACCGGCUUCCACGCCUGCUCGCUCCAGCCUAACUCAGGAGCGGCGGGAGAAUACGCUGGCCUCUCUGUCAUCCGGGCAUACCACGAAUCUCGUGGCGAAGGUCAUCGCGACAUUUGCCUUAUUCCGGUCAGUGCGCACGGAACAAACCCUGCAUCAGCUGUUAUGGCCGGAUUGAAGGUCGUUCCUGUGAAGUCACUUCCCGACGGCAGCCUCGAUCUCGAAGAUUUGAAGGCUAAAGCGACCAAGCACAAGGACAAUCUUGCCGCAUUUAUGAUCACUUACCCGUCGACCUUUGGGGUGUUCGAAGACGGCGUCACCGAUGCUUGUCGUAUCAUCCACGAGAACGGCGGCCAGGUCUACCUCGACGGUGCUAACCUCAACGCCCAGAUCGGUCUCACCAGCCCCGCCAAGUGCGGUGGUGAUGUCUGUCACAUGAACUUGCAUAAGACCUUUGCCAUUCCUCAUGGUGGAGGCGGACCUGGAGUCGGCCCCAUCUGCGUCGCCGAACACCUGGCGCCCUUCCUUCCCUCACAUCCUGUGGUUCCCGUCGGCGGUGACCAGGCUAUCAACGCCAUCUCUGCCGCGCAGUACGGCAGCGCCUCGAUCCUGCUCAUCUCCUGGGCGUACAUUAAGAUGCUCGGCGGCUCGGGCCUUUCAAACUCGACUAAGACCGCGCUCCUGAAUGCGAACUACAUAACGCACAGGCUCAAGGAAUACUACAGUCUGCGCUACAAGAACAAGAACGGGCGCGUCGCGCACGAGCUGCUCAUCGACCUCUCCGAGUUCGACAAGGCCGCAGGUCUCAAGGUCACUGACUUCGCGAAGCGUCUGCAGGACUACGGCUUCCACCCGCCCACCUGCUCGUGGCCAAUCUCAACGUGCAUGCUUAUUGAGCCGACCGAGUCGGAGUCUCUCGAGGAGAUCGACCGCUUCUGCGACGCGAUGAUCUCCAUCCGCAAGGAGGCGGAGGACAUUAUCACCGGCAAGCAGCCCAAAGACAACAACCUCCUGAAGAACGCUCCCCACCCUAUUCAUACCCUUACAUUGUCUGACGCUGAGUGGAACCGACCCUACUCUCGUCAGCAAGCUGCGUACCCUGUUCCUGGCCUGCGCGAACGUAAGUUCUGGCCGACAGUCUCUCGCAUCGAUGAUGCGUACGGAGACUUAAACCUUAUCUGCGACUGUCCCUCCGUCGAGGAGACAGCAUCUCAUUAGACCUUUUUCUCGGAAGAACUCUGGGUUAUGGUGUGUUUCGUGUACCCUAGGACAGGGCGUUCUAUUCCUCUAGAUGGCCCAGCCCAGCCCCCGAUGUUUUGCUCAACCAUACGCAUCAUCAUAAACAUUCUCAUCGACAUUGCUAUCCUUACCCUCACACGCAUCGCACGUUUAUAUCGUCAUUCGUAUCUUAUAUAAUC